AUUCAUCUGACGACCCUGAGGUAGAUAUUGAAGGUGACAUUCCUUCAAAUCUAAUAGCAAUCGAGUUGAAUACAUCAUGCCCCAACAUUCCCUCUCAUCCUCCUCCAGCGUAUCACAUACCCGCGCUCAGGCCACUUGUGGAAUCCUUUGCUCAAGCCUUUAGAAAGGACAAGACUCUAACAUUAGGGCUCAAACUCGCACCAUUCGUCUAUCGAAAACAACAGGAAGACAUAUUGGAUCUCAUUAGUGAAUUUACGGAUGAGGACGGGACGAACCCCAUUGCCUUUUUGAGCUGUACGAAUACCCUAGGCGGCUGUACACUAUUUACGGACCAGACAGGAAAGGUCAAUGGGCCAACACAGGAUCAUAGACGGACCGGCUUCAAUGACGGUAAUGUCUCGGUGGCGACUGCUCUCCCUACCAAGUUUGGCGGAUUGGCGGGAGAUCCUCUGCAUUACCUCUCAUUGGGAGCUCAUCGCAGAUCACCCAGAUCCCGCCAUCGGACGAAUAGGUAUUAUUGGUAUCGGAGGGGUGACCAGUCAUGCUGCAUACCAACGGAUGAAACAAGCAGGGGCUUAUGCUGUUGCAUGUGCGACGGCACUGGGACUCCAAGGGUCACACAUUCGUUUAGAUCCAGAUUAGGUGUUAUAGCAUCGUGUACAACAGAUGAAUUAGAGGCAAUCUAUCACUUGAGAGCUUCUUCCCUUUCCAAUACGCUUCGGUCCAGUUUGAUGAGAAUCGUCGUUCUAUUAGGAAAAGAGUCCCUCGGAAUUGCCUCCACAACUCCUGCAGUCAACGCUGCACAACUCAAAGAGCUCAUGUCCCUCGAGAUUGAAAUAUAUUUGAUGAUAGCUGGGUCAUUUUCUAUUAUCAUGACUUUUGAGGCUUCAGUAUUUUUCGACCCUUCAGCGUUAUAUGGAAAACUCACAUUCAUCGUCGUUAGAGACACUCUUUUCAAUGGCAUCUGCGACUCUUCCGAAAAUGGCUUUCCACAUGGCAUUUCCGAUGGUCGAGAGCGUCGCGAGGAAGCGUGUCUCCCGCUUGGGGGCUCGUGA